ACAACAAUUUCUCGUCCAACAUACUCACUUGUCUUAUGGAUAUUGAUGAAGUUCAUGACUGUAACAAAUUUACUAGGUAUGGAACCAUAUCUAAUGACUUUGUUUCCUAUAAUUCAGGUCAAAAUUUUAGUUUCUUUAUCUUGCAAGACAUCACAAAGCUAGCCUACCCAACCUUCCUUUACCUUCACUCAAAACCCCAUCUCUUCUUAUAAACAUAUGUCAUAUACGUCUCAAGCACAAACACAUAUGUUAGAACAAUCCAAAAACAAUUAUUUCAGAAAGAGAUCAGAAAGUUCACCAUUAAUGGAGAUCAAAGUACUCGAUGAUAAACACGAAAAGCAGCCUCUCCUGCAUGAUUCGCCUCUUCCUAACACGGAAGAGAAUAAAAACCUGAUACAGAAAGCAAUUAGUCAGACAUUUAUAAGCACAGCUCAUUUGGCCAAUCUUUUACCCACAGGAACAGUUCUUGCUUUUCAGCUUCUGGCACCCAUUUUCUCAAACCAAGGCAAUUGUGACUCAGUGAGCCGGUUCAUGACAGCUGCGUUAGUAUCUCUCUGUGGACUUUCAUGUUUCCUGUCGAACUUUACGGAUAGUUUUCGAGACAAGAAAGGGAAUGUAUGUUACGGGUUUGCUACGGUUAAAGGAUUAUGGAUUAUUGAUGGAUCGACGACUCUUCCACCUGAACUUGCUGCCAACUACAGGCUAAGGUUUAUAGAUUUCAUGCAUGCAGUUAUGUCCGUACUUGUAUUUGGUGCUAUUACACUGUUUGAUCAGAAUACUGUGACUUGCUUCUAUCCGUCACCGACACCUGAGAAACGAGAGAUUCUUACGGCGUUACCGGUUGGUAUUGGUAUGAUUUGCAGUAUGUUGUUUGUUGUGUUCCCUACCCAACGCCAUGGAAUUGGCUUUCCUCUCUCUUCUGUUUGACACUAAUUAAUGUUUUUGAAGCGGUCAACUCAUUAUGUAUUCUUUCUUGUUAUUUUGUUUCUUACUAGGGGUUUCAUACGCAAAUUUAUUUAUGAUCAUUAAUGUUA